AAGAGGUAGAGCGGUGAAGUGGUCUUUGGGGUCCAUUCUUCUUCGAGGCGCCGGGAGCCACUCUUGACCCUCCACCUCGUCAAUUCCUCGAGAGAUUCAAGGAGGAGUUUUAAGUUUUUCGCUCGCGAUCGCGCCCAAUUUGGCCGGUUUUUGCUCGAAUUUGGGGGAGGAUUCCAGAGGGAAAUGGCGCCCGUCUCAACGAUCGAAACGUUCGAAGAAGCGCAGGAGAUCUUCCUCCAGAAGAUCAAGGAGGAUCCGCGUCUCAAGCCGGUUGCCGCUAAGAAGCUCUUGGAUCUCGCCAAGGAGCUCGAUGCGAGCACGGAAGAAAAACUGGGGGAUUUGUCGCUCCAGCUUCCGGCGGAGGAAAGAAUCAAGCAAGGAUUUCUCAAGUUCAAAAACAACUUCUGGCUUAAAAAUCCAAAGCUCUACGAGAAACUUUCAGCCGGUCAAUCACCCAAGUUCAUGAUCUUCGCUUGCUCCGAUUCGCGAGUUUGCCCGACGACGAUCUUGGGGCUCCAGCCGGGCGAAGCAUUCGUCGUUCGCAACAUCGCCAGCAUGAUCCCAGCGUGUGGCGAGGCUGGAUUUCCAAGCACAAGCGCGGCUCUCGAAUAUGGAGUUUUACACCUCAAGGUGGAGCAUAUCCUAGUGAUCGGUCACAGCCGGUGUGGAGGAAUCAAGGCUCUGCUGACCACAGACCCGGAGAAGAAAUGGAGUGACUACAUCCAGGACUGGAUUAAAAUCUCAACUCCUGUUCAUUCCAACCAAAACCACUCGCACGAUAUCGACGAGCGAUGCUCUUGCGGUGAAAAGGAGUCAGUGAACGUUUCGCUCAGCAAUCUCAUGACUUUUCCCUGGAUUAAAUCGGCGGUGGAGGAGAAGAAGCUGGCUCUUCACGGCGGCCACUACAGCUUUGUCACUGGCACCUUCCAAUACUGGACUCCCGGGAGCGACAAAGUCGACUUUUAAGAGCCACAAACGCGUACCAUAUCUAUAAAGAAAGAAGACUCGAGAGAAAGAGUGAAAAAAGAAUGAUCCAAUAAGUAAUAAGAACCUUUCACUCUCACGAACA